AUGCAUCCCUCACGUCAAGCAUACGUGGAGGAGGCAGUGCCAGAAGAUGUUGGCAUAGACCUGGCAAACGUCCCUCUUGAUCGCGAAUAUGACAUGCCCUCAGCAACCGCCGGCAUCGCGCCUGAAAAGGCCUCCGCUAUUCUCUCACAAUUCGACCGAAAGCGGAAAGCAGCACAGAUCGCUGUCCCAACAGACGAUGGACGAGUACGUUCGCGAUUACGACAGAUGGGGGAACCUAUCACCUUGUUCGGCGAAGGACCCGGUGAUCGCAGAGACAGGUUAAGGGAGCUUUUAGCUAUACAAGCGGAGAUGGAUGAUAUGGAAGACGAGGAUGGCGAUGCGAGGAUGCAAGAUGCAGAUGAGGGGCAAAAUGAGCAAGAAGAGGAAUUCUAUACCAAGGGUGUUCAGGAGCUGGUAGAGGCGAGGAGGGAUAUUGCGAGAUAUUCGCUGCCGAGGGCAAAAAGAAGGAUUGAGAGUCAGAAGGCCGAGUCUAAGAUCCCUUUACGGACGCAUGUGAAGUUUAGGAAGGGGAUUAAGGAACGUUUGGGUGCUUUUGAGUUGCAGGGUAGUCAGAUGGCGGGCGAGAGACCUGUUAGCAUGACGCGGUUUGCUCCAAAUGGGGAGAUAAUUGCUGCGGGUAAUUGGGGAGGCGGGGUUAAACUUUUAAGUGUGCCGAAUUUGGAGACGAUCCGGACACUGCGUGGACAUACGGAUCGAAUUGGUGGUAUAGCUUGGUAUCCAGGGGCUACAUUACCAGGAACGACAGUCUCUCCGGACUCGGUCAAUCUUGCUUCAGGAGGCGCGGAGGGAAAUAUCCAUCUUUGGUCUUUGAACCAAGAUACCCCUCUGUCCACCCUCGCAGGACAUAAUCAGCGCGUCUGCCGCACUGAAUUCCACCCAUCGGGUCGCUACCUAGCCUCGGCAUCAGAAGAUACUACCUGGCGUUUAUGGGAUGUCAAUACUACGACCGAGCUACUUCUUCAAGAAGGUCAUUCUCGUGGUGUAUUUGCUCUAAGCUUCAACACUGAUGGCUCCCUUCUAGCAAGCGCAGGAAACGACAGUAUCGGCCGAAUUUGGGAUCUCCGCACAGGCCGAACAGUCAUGAUCCUCGAAGGGCACAUCAAACCCAUCUACGCGCUCGACUGGGGCGUUGACGGGCACCGCGUUCUUUCUGGCUCAGGAGAUGGCUGGAUUAAAUGCUGGGAUGUGCGUAUGGUGCGACCAGCAGGAGGAGUGGGAGCACAUAAAAGUGUGGUGUCUGAUUUGAGAUGGUAUAAAGGUCAGGCUGAUCUUUCGCAAGAGAUCAUUCCUGAUAUGGAUGAGCAAGGUGCGAGGAGGCCGAAGAAAGCGGGAACCUUCUUUGUGAGCGGUGGAUUUGAUAAGAAUAUCAACAUUUUCUCGGCGGAUGAUUGGGCGUUGGUGCAGAGUCUGAGUGGGCAUACGGGGAAUGUGCAUAGUGUUGAUGUUAGUGGGGAUGGGAAGUGGAUUGUUAGUGGGGGGUAUGAUCGCACGGUUAAGCUAUGGGGGAGGAAUGAUAUGGAGGCUCUCUGA